GAUUGGUGGGUUAUAAAGGGAGUCGAUGAAGAAAGAACAGCGACCUCUUCUUCUCUCUUCCUUUCUCUUUGGGGGAGAGAUUAUUAUAAGCUUUCUUUAAUCUUUGAAAUGGUUUCCAGAAAUUUGCUGAAUAAACUCUCACUACCAUAGAAAAAAAUAAAGAGCUCAAGAAAAAGAAAGCUAGAAGGAGAGAGAGAAGAUAGAAAACGAUAGCUAAAGCUCUCAAUCUUCUCUUUCUUUAAUUCUCUGCAACUCAAGGAAAGAUAUAUAACUAUGUAUAUCAAGAAUCAAGAACUGGCAUGGGUCUAGCUACUACAACUGUUCCUCAUCAUCAUCAUCAUCAUCAUCAUCACAAGAAGACUCUUGACAACAGUUUAGAUUCUAUGUCCCAAGAUUAUCAUCAUCACCAAGGAAUCUUUUCCUUCUCCAGUGGAUUCCACCGACCAUUAUCUUCUCAUCAAGAAGAAGUUGAGGAAUCUGCUGUCUCCGGAGCUCAAAUUCCGGUUUACGAAACAGCCGGAAUGUUAUCUGAAAUGUUUAGUUACCCCGGCGGUGGCAACGGUGGCUCCGGUGAGAUUCCUGAUCAUUCAACUAAACAGUUGCUAGAGCAACAAAACCGUCACAACAACAACAACUCAACUCUACAUAUGUUACUACCAAAUCAUCAUCAUCAUCAAGGUUAUGGUUAUCCCAACGAGCAACAAUUCACAUGGCCAUCUUCCUCCGAUCAUCAUCAGAGUCAAGGAGAUAUGAUCGGGACCGUACACGUGGAAGGUGGAAAAGGUUUAUCUCUGUCUCUCUCAUCGUCAUUAGAAGCAGCAGCAGCAGCAGCUAAAGCAGAAGAGUACAGAAGCAUUUAUUGUGCAGCCGUUGAUGGAACUUCUUCUUCUUCUAACGCUUCGGUUCAUCAUCACCAAUUCAAUCAACUCAAGACUCUUCUUCUUGAUAACUCUUCUUCUCACCAACAUCAAGUUAUGGGACAUUUCGGGUCAUCUUCAUCGUCUCCCAUGGCUGCUUCUUCCUCCAUAGGAGGGAUCUAUACGUUGAGGAACUCCAAGUACACGAAACCAGCACAAGAGUUGUUGGAAGAGUUUUGUAGUGUUGGAAGAGGACAUAAUUUCAAAAAGAACAAACUUAGUAGAAACAACUCAAACCCUAAUACUAGCGGUUGCGGCGGCGGUGGUGGUGGUGGAGGUGGAGGGUCAUCUUCGUCGGCGGGAGCAGCCAAUGAUAAUCCUCCGUUGUCUCCGGCUGAUCGUAUUGAGCAUCAAAGAAGAAAAGUCAAGCUACUAUCCAUGCUUGAAGAGGUAGACCGACGGUACAACCACUACUGCGAGCAAAUGCAAAUGGUAGUAAACUCAUUCGACCAAGUAAUGGGUUACGGUGCGGCGGUUCCAUACACGACGUUGGCCCAAAAGGCAAUGUCUCGACAUUUCCGGUGUUUGAAAGAUGCGGUAGCGGUUCAACUAAAACGCAGCUGUGAGCUUCUAGGUGACAAAGAGUCAGCGGGGGCUGCGUCUUCAGGGUUAACCAAAGGCGAAACUCCACGGUUGCGUUUGCUAGAGCAGAGUUUGCGUCAGCAACGAGCGUUUCAUCAUAUGGGUAUGAUGGAGCAAGAGGCAUGGAGACCGCAACGUGGUUUGCCUGAACGCUCUGUUAAUAUCCUUAGAGCUUGGCUUUUCGAGCAUUUUCUUAAUCCAUUCUCACGCCAUCGCAAGAAGAAAGUUUGUACCUUUUCGUGCAUCUACUUGAUUGUGUUUUUCUUCUCUUUUUCUCUAUAUAUUACACAGUUUAUUCAAAACAAUAACAGUAUUGGGUUUACGGUUGUAAAGAUUGUGAAGUCAUUUUCUGGUCUCUUUCUCAGGUACCCAAGCGAUGCUGAUAAGCACCUCUUGGCUCGGCAGACUGGUUUAUCCAGAAAUCAGGUGUCGAAUUGGUUUAUAAAUGCUAGGGUUCGUUUGUGGAAACCAAUGGUUGAAGAAAUGUAUCAACAAGAAGCAAAAGAAAGAGAAGAAGAAGAAUUAGGAGAAAAUAAAAAAGAAGAUUAUCAACAUCAAAGAAGACAUCAACAAACAAACAACAAAGACACGAAACCCAAUGAAAGCAACUUCACUCUCGUUCAGACAAUAACCGCACAAACUCCAACAACGACGAUGAUGACGUCGACUCCUCAUGAAAACGACCCUUCAUCCCUCCCUCCCUGUACCUCCGUCGCAACCGCACCCUCUCUCGGCGUUUCAGGCGCUUUCACCGUCUCCACGUGUCAGCAAGAUGUCAGUGACUUCCACGUCGAGGAUGGUGUCAUAAGAUUCGGGACCAAACAGGCUGGCGACGUGUCACUUACGCUUGGUCUACGCCACACUGGCAAUAUGCCUGAUAAUAAUAAGAACCCUUCUUUCUCCGUUAGAGACUUUGGAGAUUUUUAGACUGCUUUCUUCGUUUCCUCGUUUCUCCAUUUAUCAAUCAAUUUAUUAGAGUGCAUUUUUUUUGGUUUAUGCCAAUAUGUUUUUAGUCUGUUCACUUAUAUACUUUAAAGUUUCUUUUUCGGUCUGUCAUCUCGUAAGAAGAAGAUAAAUACAUAUAUAAAUUGAUACCCCAGCUACAAAUUAAAGUUCUA